AUGAGCGAGCCGUGCAGGGUAGGGACGGGACCGGUACGUCAUACUGGAGGUUCAAUGUCUGUCCUAAAGCAUGCAGAAGUUUUGGCUGCGGAACUUGGGUGUGAAGCCAAUCUCACUGAGGUGCAUCAUCAUAUGCAUACCACGAAGAGUGAUCAGACGAAGUACGUCGAUGAGCGAUCGAGGAAGACUACUGAGCUAUUUGAGGAGCGAAUGCAAGCCGCCACGCAGACUGUAAAGGGGAGCACAAGGUCUACGCCUGUGCAUACAAACCAAGUGUUUAUCGCCCUUGAAGGGAUGAAGAAGCAGCACAUUUACAAACUUGGCACAGUUUGCUCAGCGUACGUAGCAUCACAGGCCGCCUCUAGUAGGCGUACUGGAGGUGCUUCAUCGUCGUAG